ACCUUCCAAACAAAACCGAAUAUUACUCAUUCCUGUCAGUUAUUGUGCAGUUCGACGACGACUUCAUCGCUCUCGCAUACAAGUGAGAAUAUGGCCGCCGUGCGAAAUACAGUCGAGUCACAAAAAUCGGGAAGAAGUGCCGUGAAUUUGCUGUGAAAACGUGUAGGAAAAACGAUUUUUUUAAUUAAAAACACUUGCUUGCAACAGGACCGACAUUGCAGCGGACACAGCACUGCCACGAGAGCCUUGCACGACCGAAGAAAAUUGCAUUUGCGUAGGACGGUGACAACAUCGACGAAGGUGUCUGUGGCUGUCGUCUCGAAAGUUGUUUCAUUUUCUCGUUGGCCAUUUCGGUCGGGCGUUAUUCCGUGCGGUGAUUUCAGUUUGGGGUACGACAAACGAGUUUUCUUGGCAUUCGGAAAAGGCAUCCGGACCGCGGGAAAAGUGCAUAGCGUACGCCCAGGGAACCUGAAAAGUGAAGUUUUCAUUGAUUGCGCGAUGGAAAUCGAGUCAGAUGUGCAAUGAAGAUGAUCGUUGGCCGUUCUCUUUUGGAUUACCAGUGACAAGAAGUGACACCGCGGUCGGCCGAGCGGCCGCCCUGCCAAGGCCUAGGAAGAGUCGCCAGCAGCGAUCGGCAGCAUCCUCAGCUCUAGUUCCAGGUGGACCGUGCCCGUGCCGGAGUCGCGACGACCACAGCCAGCUGCAGUGGGGCCUUUGGAAUUCGGCUUUGCCCCGCGCUGCCGCUGACCGCCAGCCCAAGUCAGUUAGCAUCGCGAGCAGUUGGAGAAAACUCAAUUGAUCCACGAUGGAGUCGGCAGAAACGCAUGAAAUCAAGCAGGCUCGGCAGCGCGCAUCAGUGAAAUGGCUUUUAUCGAAAGCAUUCAACAAUCGCGUUCCCGAAAAUUUAAAGGAACCAUUCUAUCGCGAUCAUGAGAAUCAAGAGCAUCUUAAACCGCAGAUUGUUGUUGGACUGGGAAAUGCCACGCUUUAUUGUCAAACAUUAUCUAAUUUAUAUUCGGAUCCAAACUACCAAAGUCUUAAUCACUGGUCAAUAUUACAGACGCUUGCUAGAAAAGGAGUGCCAGUCACUGAAUCUCCCGAUAUGCCUCUUACGGAGACAGUUUUAAUUCAGACGAAUCCAAUAAGAUUAAAUGCCCACAUGGCUGUGAUAGAAGCACUUAUGAUUUUAUACGCAAAAGAAAUAUCUUCGGGCGAUCGGGUACCAAAUGCAAUAAGAAGAAUCUCUGGAUAUAAUUCAUCAUCGGUGACCACUUCAAAUUAUGAAUCAGCUUUACUUAGCUGGGUGUCUCACGUAUGUGCCGCAUUGAAAAAGCGUAUAGACCAGGAAAUUGAAAGCGGAGCAGUUGAUGAGAAUGGGCAACGACUACAAUCUCCUGAUAUACCACCCGUGCGUGACUUUCAGGAUUUAUGUGAUGGUGUCUGCUUAGCUUUUCUUAUUUCGUAUUAUUGCCCGAAAGUUAUUCCUUGGACUGUGGUUAGAAUAAAUUAUUUGCCAGCCGUCGAGGAUUCAAUACACAACGUGUUAUUAGUUAGUAAUUUUUCUCAAAAACAUUUGCCAUAUUCUGUGUUCCAUAUGAGUCCUGAGGAUAUUACAUACAUGAGAGGCUCAAUGAAACAUAAUCUUGUUGUUCUCAUGGCCGAUUUAUUCAAUUUAUUUGAAAUACAUCCAGCAAAAUGUGUUUGUUAUCCCGGCAUGGAAAAUCAACAGCAACAACAAGAGGUCGAAAAAGCUUCGAGCGUUAAUGAACACGGAAUAUGUCACAGACGAGGUUUAACAUGUCCACCUGUAACUCCAAUUCCAGAUCUGAGAAGCGGCCUCGAUACACCUUCCGGUUCGCCUUCGAAUAGACCUCCUUUUCAAGUUACACGUUCACCAUCCGCAUCAGCAACACGUCGAAAUACACCGCCAAAGGACUAUCAGACAUUGGACCACCACCAAGCAGCAAUUCCACCAAGUGAUGAAGGCUUUGUAGUGCACAAAAGCAGAGGCAUAACAACAUUAUCGUCAAUGCAGGAACCACUCGUUCCUGCACGCUUGCGACAAGCAAAAGAAAAGACCAAUAUGGAUACGAAAGCUGAUGAAAGAGGCGAUAGUUUACCCGCUGGUCGACCAAGUAAUUGGGAAGAUACAAGACGACCAAGCUACGCAGGACGACGAUCAAGACGCAAUUCGUUCAGUGAAGAAUCACAACUUACUAUUGAAAACUUUGGCGGUUCACAGGAUCAGUUAAAUAUGAUUGGACGAAACUAUGAGCGCGAUAGAGAACGGGAAAGGAAACUUUCAAGUGCUAGUGCAGCUGAACCAGCUGUAGCGGUCAGAUCAUCAGUUGCCGAUGCAAGAGGCACCCUACAAAUUGGAUACGAUACAGAUUCGGGCUCAGAAAAACAAGAUCGAGAAACGGAAAAACGAACAAUGAGCCGGCAAAGCAGUAUGGAUAACCUUGCGCGACGUAACAGUGUACAUUCCAAAGAAAAAGACUAUACAGAUGGCGAUGCAACGCAAGUUCACACUAAUACCAGUGCCUAUUCGCAUGAAGGCGAAAUACCAAAGCGUAAAACAUCAUUUUCAACGCUUCCAAAUACCACAACGUGGCAACAACAAUCUGUCAUAAACCAGCAUGAUCCUAAUGAUUUAUACGGAACAGAUGACAAUCGACCUUUAGUUGAUGCUUCUAAACUCUCUACAAUUCGUAUGAAACUUGAAGAAAAACGACGUCACAUCGAACAGGAAAAACGUAAAAUGGAAAUUGCCAUGUCGCGGCACCAAGAAAAGGUAGGCAAGGCAGCCUUUCUCCAAGCUAUUAAUAAGCAAUUGGAACAAUUCAAAUUGGAAGAGAUGACGGGAAAGCAUCAACAUCAGUCAGAGGUUGUUGAAAGUAAAACGCCGCAAACUAAGGAUGAUAAAGGUUGUAUUGCGGAUGGAGAAGGUCCGCAGCAACGACCUAAUAGUUUGCAGGACGGCGAUGACAAAUGGGAGCCACAACAGCAAGUACACGAAACGAAACGUACCCCCGAAGUAGAGCAAGCGGAUUUGGAAAAAUAUCAGCAAAGUAUUGCUUUUAUGAACACAAAUCUUCAGGAGAUUCAACAAGAUAUUCAUAGAUUGGCAACACAACAAAAUCAAAUUCAAGCGCAACAUUUACAGGCGCAGCAAUUAUUUCAAGCCCAGCAAAUUGCCAAUAUGCUGAAUCAGCAAUAUGGAUCGCAACAGAAUCUUCCAUCUCAAUAUCGUCCACAGCAAAGUUUCGGUUCUACUCCACAUUUACCUCAAUCGUAUAACUCGCCAAAUACUUAUAAUUCGCGACCUCCAAGUCGAGAUCCAUAUCAGCAACAACCUCCUUUAGGAUCAAUGCAACAACCCAUGCAAUACAUUAACGAUCACGGACAGUAUAUAAGUCAGCAACCUGCAUACGGAACUCCACCGCAACCACAGCCGCAGCCGCAACCAAUGUACCAGAGAGAAGUUCCUCCUGGACAGUACAUGGGCGAAAAUGGAGGAUAUGGCUACGGAAAUCAAUACUACGACCACAACCAAUAUCAAUCCAAUCAGUUCAUCAACCGUCCGGCCGAAUAUGAUGAUUAUCGAGGACGUGAUCAUAACUCACCACAACCACAGCAGUUUUAUUUGCAUGAAAACUCGCCGCAGCCGACACAACGGAGGACCUGGGCCCAAUCAGCUGCCGCCCAAAACUCGGUCGAACCACAACCUAUUCAUCUUGAUCUAAAUGCAUGGCAAACCCAAAAUCCGCCACAAAAAAUCGAUAGCCGAACUUGGAAAUCAUCCAGCCAUGGAUCAUUCAUGUUGCAUCAAAAUGGUGGCGAUGACUACGGCAACAGUCAAGAGAAAUCAUAUCAAAAUCUGUUUCCAGUUCAUUCAAGUCCGCAGCAUAGUCGAGCACCAGUGGCGAGAAAUGUCAGAGAAAAUCGUGUUCCAAUAGCAGCUCCACCGCCAGAUGAAAUGGCUCCACAGAGCAUAUCAUUCAUUGGUGAUGAAGAUGACUCUGUUGAUCAGAUUGAAAUGAGCAUUGAGCCUUUACCUACACGUCGCCAUUCAGAAAUGAAUUCGAUGAGGCCGACAGAGAACGAUAGGGGCUACGAUAAUGUGGAUAUCAAUUUAGGAAAAUUAAAUAUAUCUAGUGGAAGUAGGACAUAUAGGAUACCGUCUCCAUCGAGGCCACAAUUGAACGCAAAUAGUUUUCAGAACCCCCAAGAUCAAAGCGCAGAAAAAGGAUUUUAUAUUUCAUUUGAUAACGAACAACCAAAAAGACCGAAACCUCCUCUGCGGGCGAAACGUUCACCAAAAAAGGAGAGAAGUUUCGAUAGUUCGGAUAAACGUGAACAAAUUAAUCAACUUCAACGGGAAUUAGAAAUGGAAGAGCGGGAAGAACAAAAACGUCGUUCCAUCAUUGAGUCGAAUAACGAAAACAAGUCGAAUACUCAUGCAGUCAAUGAAACACCAAUCCCAGCUAAACGAUAUUCAGAAAGUCAAUCAAUCAAUAAUUCUAACAGUAAUCAUAGUAAUAUUCAAAUUGGAAACGAUACAAUAGACAGGCGGCACUUAGAAGAUGUGACAAAUCAUCAACAACAAAUUUUCUCAUCAGCAGCUAGUGCAACAAGUAAAGCUCUGAACGACCAAAAAGAGAGUAAAGCGAUAAUUAUAGGACCCGAACUAACAAGUUUAGACCCAAAUACUGCAGACGAAAUGGAGCGUAAAAAGGAGAAGAUCAUGCUGCUAUCUCUGCAAAGGCGGCAACAACAAGAAGAAGCGAAGGCUCGAAAGGAGAUUGAAGCGAUGCAAAGACGCGAGAGGGAGCGUGAAAAAGAGGAAGAACGUGCUAAAAAGAAAGAGGAACAGGCAGCAAGACGUCAGGCCAUUCUCGAAGCUCAUAAAUUGAAGAAGGCGAUUGAGGAGGCUGAACGUGAGGGCAAAGUCCUGGAUCGAACCGACUUGAUGCAAAAACAGCAUCUAAUCACACAAGCAACACCGAAAUUACGACAACAGAAAACUACUCGACCACGUCCGAAAACGAUUCAUGUUGAAUCGGGAUCCGUCGAAAUUAGUGAAGCGUCGAGUCUGUCGAGUCGAGGUAAAAAAGGUUCCGGUUCAAAUUUAACAGGAUACGGUGGCCAAUUAAGCUCAAAUUCUAUGAGACGAGAUUACUAUCGAGGUUCACAAGACUCCUUAACAGUUAAAGAAUCGCCUGAUGAAUAUCCUAGCACAAGUUCUACUCCAAUCGGUCGAAGGGGAUCUUAUAAAAAUUCAAGAGAACCGACCGUCGAACGUGGCCGUACAUUAUCUCGUAUAUCGAUAGCAAAGGGCAGCACGUUGAAUUUUAGAGGGCGAAAAUCAAAUUCGCUGAUGAAUUUGUGCGACACAGAUUCAGGUUUAGGACGUGCCACUCCGCCACGGCGUGCCCCAUCGCCGGGUAUGGGACCAUCAGGUAGGCAUUUACCAUCGCCCUCCGGCCCAGGAUCACUACCGCCCGGGUUAAUGUCGAAACGUCGCGUUUUCGACGAUGGAUCGAGUGAUAUUUCAUCCACGCCAAGUUCCAUGAUGGAAUACACGGGACCGAAGCUUUAUAAACAACCGGCAGCCAAGUCGAAUCGUGGCAUUAUUUUGAAUGCAGUCGAAUAUUGUGUAUAUCCGGGAGCCGUGCAUCGCGAAGCAAAACAAAAAGUUUUAGAGAAAAUUGCACGAUCUGAAGCAAAACACUUCCUAAUAUUAUUCCGUGAUGCUGGUUGCCAGUUUCGGGCUUUGUACAGUUAUUGGCCAGAAAAUGAAACAAUUCUUAAGUUGUAUGGUACAGGACCUAGUCAAGUAGAUGAAGUUAUGUUCGAUAAAUUUUUCAAAUACAACUCAGGAGCAAAAUGUUUUACACAAGUUCAUACGAAACAUCUAACUGUUACAAUUGAUGCAUUUACAAUACACAAUUCAUUGUGGCAAGGGAAAAAAGUGAAUUUGCCAAAUAAAAAAGACAUGGCGCUUGUAGUUUGAAUAGAGCGAAUCCGAAUUAGAAAUAGUAUCAUCUGUAAUAAUUAUUAUUUUUAUACAUUAACAAAUUUCCUCUUCAAAAUCCAUUUAAUUUAUUGGAACUUUUUUAAUAUUACAAUAUAAUGUGAAAUGUGCUAAUGCUUCUGUCUGCUGGAAUCAAUUUAAUUCAUUGAUAGCAUCAACUGCCCUCAGUGUUGUCUGUACUAAUGUAGAAACAGCAGAGAAAGAAUUCAGUAAGAAAUACGCCAACCGCUAAAAUAUGACAAUUUUACUAUUGAAGUGAAUAGAAUUCGUAAUUUUUAAGUUGUGGAAUUGAAACUUAAAUUAUUUGAAAUGUAUUUUUUACUCUUAACUGUGAAAGUUUGCUUUUUUUGAAAUUUUAUAGACGGAGACGAAAGUAUCUCAUAAAGGUGUGAACUAAAGAUUUUUAUAUAGGCCAAUAAAUGUAAUCUAAACGUCAAGGAAUUUUAAGACUAAUGGAAAUAUAAAAGUAUGUGUUUUACCUAUUUUAUGUUAUUUUAAACCUGAAACGAUGAAGCAUAGAAAAUGCGGAAGUAUCUGUUUGCAGCAAAUACGAAUUGAGAAAGCGUAGACAGUAAGUGCAUCUCGACUCCUAACUCUUUUUACUAGAGAACGAUAUACAUAAACACUCGCUUUUGCAUUGUAUUCGAUUAACAAUUUCCACCAUGUGAAACGCAUACGAUACCACAUCUUCAAUAUCGUCGCAUAAAAAUAUUAAUAAAGUUCCAAGAAUUAAGUGACUUUGUACGAAAUGCGAUUAAAGACUAAAACACAAUAAUCAGAAAUCAAUUUUCCGUCAAACUGAACUUAAACAUGAACACUUUAUAUAUAUACAACAUAAAAACGAAUGAACAAACUCUGAUAGAUAAUAAAAACCCAAUGAUAAAAAAAAAUAAAAUAUGUACGCUUUGCUUUCUAGGUGUUUAACAUUAUUAAAGACUUAAGGAGAACAUAAUAAAGUUUAAUUAACUGAUAACGAAUUGAAGGAAUGAGGAGGUCUAUAUAUAAACUAGUAAGAGGAAAACACCCUUAAAGUAAAUAUAAUUUUCUAUUAAAAUGAACGUUAGAUGAUUAAUAAAUUUAAGUUUAACCAUAAAAUGAUUAUUAUAAUUAUUAACAAAUUCUAGAAAGAGAAUUAAUGAAAAUCUAUUAUUUAUCUGUUUUAUAUUAUUGCGAAAGAUGUACUGUAACAAUAAAAAAAACAAUUAAAACAUGUGAACAUGAAUGAAAAUAUGUUGAAGAACGUUUAAUUGAUGAAGUGGUGACACAAAAUAUAAUCAUUUAUGACAAUUGAGCGGAGAGGAAUUUCGUAUUAAUAUUAAUAAAUAAAAAGUAUAUUGAAAUGAA